GAAAAACAUCCAACUCUUUCAUUGAGAGUUUCCAUCUUAAAAAUCUGUCUCUUUGUGUAUGUGCACAGAUUUGUUGUCUAGAAUGGUCUGUGUUCUGUGCUUCGAGGGCUGAUGAACGCCAGGGGAGAUCCUGACUAAUUCCUGUUUCCUUUUUUCAGAGAUAUCAUGUCCAUUUAUAAGGAACCACCCCCGGGAAUGUUUGUUGUGCCUGAUCCCCAUGACAUGACCAAGAUUCAUGCAUUGAUCACAGGCCCAUUUGACACGCCUUAUGAAGGGGGUUUCUUCUUGUUCCUGUUUCGCUGUCCUCCAGAUUAUCCCAUCCACCCACCAAGGGUCAAACUGAUGACAACGGGAAAUAACACAGUGAGGUUUAACCCCAACUUCUACCGCAAUGGGAAAGUCUGCCUGAGUAUUCUAGGCACUUGGACCGGGCCUGCAUGGAGCCCAGCACAGAGUAUCUCUUCAGUCCUUAUCUCCAUCCAGUCUCUGAUGACUGAGAACCCCUAUCACAAUGAGCCCGGCUUUGAGCAGGAGAGGCAUCCUGGGGACAGCAAGAACUAUAACGAGUGCAUUCGGCAUGAGACCAUCCGAGUAGCAGUGUGUGACAUGCUGGAAGGGAAGUGUCCCUGUCCUGAGCCUUUACGGGGAGUAAUGGAGAAAUCCUUCAUGGAAUACUAUGACUUCUAUGAAGGGGUGUGCAAAGAAAGACUUUAUCUCCAAGGACAGACAAUGCAGGAUCCUUUUGGUGAGAAACGAGGCCACUUUGACUAUCAGUCCCUGUUAAUCCGUUUGCAAGGAAUUCGUCAGAAGGUGCAAGAGAAACACCAGCAGGAGAAUACAGAAAUAGACUCUGAGAGCAGCUCCUCUGAGACAGAGACAGACACUCAAGGUUGUUCCAAAGCUUAGAGCUGUGUCAGCAGUGGAGAGGCCAAGCUGUGGGGAUGUUCUGUCUUCACAGUCUAGAGUACCCCUGACAGACUCGACAACCAAACCAGCGCCAGAGCGGAGAAAACUGCGGGGCAUCUCCUGUCUCCUUUUACUGCUCUGGUGGAUAAUGCUGAAUGAGAAGACUUCAUUCUAGACAAAGCCAAGCUUGUGACAGGCUACUAUUAAAAGGUACUUAACUAUACUAGAAAGCUGGAGCAUGUGGCAUCAGGUUAUUUUUUGGAAACACCUACACUGGGUUCUUCACUGGGUUCUUUUUUUUUUUGUUAUUAUUAAACAAUGAGAUCUAGACCAUGACUCCUCUUUACAGCUUUUCUGUUCCUAGACAGUGAGCCCUUCCCUGGGGCCGUGCUGAAUGUGGAGCUUUAGCUUGGGGAGAGCUCUGAUGAGUCUGGGGUAUGACAGGGCCCGUGCACCGUGUGCCCAGGUGAAACCUUUUUGUGCAGGUUGGGAGAGACAGAGACCCUCUGCUCCGCGGGAGCCCACCUACCUGAUGGCUUUCUUCUAGACACUGUUCUAGACAGACCAAAGAUAAAGAGCAGUGGUGGAAUCUGGGCUUCUUUCUGACAGCUUUAUUCAAGCCCUGGAUGACUUUGUCCACUGGGAGUCCAGGAGCAAAGGGGCGAAUGAAAAGUGGAAACUGCAAGAAUUCAUAAAUCGAGUGCAGCUGUGUUCACUCUGGCAUUUUGGGGGAAGGAAGCUGAGGAAAUCAUUGGUUCAGAGAUGGCGGAGCACUUAAAAAUAAGUCUAAUUUGUGUAAUUUUUUAAGUGUUGAUUUGAAGUUAGUGUCCUAGAA